UAAAACAAAGAAUUUCCUGACCGCUGCACCAAUAAAUUACUUCAGUCUCUUCUUUUUCCACAUGGUGUGCCUAGAAAUGAAAUUGGACAUAAUUGUCCAGUACUUUGAUAAAUGCUAACUGUAACGUUACAGCAAAGAAAACUUUGCAUGUCAUGUCUAAAGCCUUUAGACAGACAGUAGCAUAGACUUUCAUAUUGGCCAUCAGGGGAAAUGUGAUCUCUGACUGCCAGGAGCUGAUCUAAUCAGGGAGUCAAGAGCACCCUUCUGGUUUCUCACUUGGGAAAGGACCAUGUUUGAGCAGAUGCAACGGUUUCAUGCGUGGAUGUUCUCUUCUAAUGGCUGUAUUCGAAGCUGACUUGGAAGGCCCAGCUGUAUUAUUUUGCUGCCAGAAAAAAAGUGCCAGUGGUUGAAAAGCUACUUGACAGCAAACAGAACGCAGUACUGUUGUCAUCUGGACUGAAUUUGGGAAAUAAGCUCAUGUUUUCAGUUAAUUUAUUGAUGUAGAAAGUCAGUAGGACAGAACUAGAAUAUUUUUGGUGACUGACGUUCGAGUUGGCCGCUUUGCCUUUUUAUCCUGGUUCUGAUGUCAAGCCAUGAAGCCUACUUGCUGUUCGUUGGAUCUUUUCUACUCUAGCGAGAGAGACUGUUCUGUUCCUGUUGGCAUCAGCCUGCCGUGUCCUGUUGGCAGUGCUUUGGGCAGUAGGUUGUUACAGUGAGAGUCCAGGAGUUCUCUGGGGAAGAUUCGUGCAUUCAGGCAAACUCACGUGGAGUGGGAGUGUCUCUCUGUCUUGCAAUGGAUUUGAAAGUCUUAUGUCAUUCCCCUCUUGGCAUUUGAAGCAGUCACAGCUUUCAAAUUGAUGAGGUUCUGUCUGUCUGCUGUUUUGACUUUUUGUCUUCACAUCUGCAUUUUCAGAUUUCAGUGGUUCUGGUUCUCUGUAUUCCUUCUAGUUCUUGAAGCCCUUUUCUUCUUAGACUUCUGUUUCUACAAAUCAUACAGAACUUCCAUGUGUUCCUUGAUUACAUCUGUUUUCUUUAAUUUCUUUGAAGAUGACUGACCUUGUAGCACGUAUCUGUCUGGAGAAUGAAUGAGCAGGUGAGCUGGAGGCAAAAGAGUUGGACACCAUGCAUCUUAUUUCACAAAGUGAAUGUAUUUUGCAUCUUAUUUUAUUUUUUCCACUAGUGUGUCUAAAGUAAUUUCUGCUUCCAUCUUGUCAAGUGAUUAAUCUGCCUGUAUUUUCCUAAGCUUUCUUGAAAUUCGUACUUCUUGUUGCUAAGUAGGAGUGUUAAUACAGUAAGGAGCAAAAAUACAGCUUUUUCUGUUAAAGCUGGAGAUAGUUUUUUUUUUUUUUCAUUGUAGAAGGAAAAGCCCAGUGAGCAGAAGAGAAGGAUAAUUUAAGAUGUUUCCUUGGGUUUUUAAACUCAUUGUUAUCUGAGAAGGACAUUCUUUCUUGCUUCUUUGUGGUGUAAUUGUUGGAUUUGAUGUUUAGUCUGUAGUAUUCUGAAACGCUAAACCAAAAUGUAUAGUAUGAUCAGCAUGAUUUUUGCCUCUGUGGUUGCUGAAACUCAGAUCUGGAGUUUUUUGAUAGUUAGUCUGUUUCUAAGGCAUAACAGCACUGGGUGUACAAUUCUCUGAUGGACAUUAAUUAAAAUAUCUGUGCUGUGUUCACUUAUACUUUCUUUCUUUUUUUUCUUUCUUGUCUCCUUUCUUUGUUUUGUUAAGCAUUGCAGGCUGUAUGUACCGAGUAGUUCAGACGACGGGACCAGAUGGAAAAAACCUUCUGAAAUUACUCCCAAUUUCUAAAUCUUCUGGAAACUCUGUGCCAAUAGUUCAGUCUUCAGCCAUGUCAAAUAAUCCUAAAGUGAAUGUUUCUAGUCCAGUUCAUCUUGCUUUUAAGACACAGCUUGCCAGUACUGCUGCAUCUUCAUCUGUUAAGAUACCUGUUUUUCAGUCUCCUAAUUCUGGAAAGAUUAUCCUUGCAAGGACGUUAGACAAACAGGGAGGUGUUAGAGCAGGUUCUGAUAAAGAAAGCUUAACGACAGAAUCAGCUGCUGACAUUCAGAGUAGUUGUGUUUCAGUUGAUAGACGGUCUUUGCAGAAUGCUGCCGUAACGAGUUCAUCUGAGCAGAGUCACACUGCACACAUGUCGGGAAACACAAAAGACAAUCCCAUUUCUGUGAAGCCUCCAGUACUGCCCUCUGGCCACCACCUCCAGAUACCAGCGGAUGCAGAAGUGAAAUCUGUCCCAGCUUCUUUUUUACCGGCUUCAAUCCAGCAAAAAAUACUUGCCGCUGCAGCAACAAAUGUGUCUGAUGGAGCUGAUAGUAAAAAAAUGCCAAUGGUGAUUUAUGUGUCACCUGUGAACGCAGUGAAAACAGUACUUCCCAAGCGUUUGCAAGCUGAUGACCCCAAACCCGCCCCAGAUGUUUCAAAAACAUUGCUAAUGACAGCUCCACAAAGGGCACAUAGCUCUUCUGCUGAGACAGGAACGUCUGAUGGUCAGCAGUGCCAGCACACACCAAUGAAAUGGAUUGUGCGAGAAAGUCCGCAGUUGCCAGCGCCUUGCCUUAUUCCUGUGAAGUCAUCAAAUAACGUGGCUUCCAAGAUCUUGAAAACUUUGUCAGAUACGAAGAAUGUAGAAAUUAACUCUGCAAAUAUUUUGUCACACUGUUCUACUGGUUCUGGUGUAAGCAAAACAAAAAUCACAUCCAUUAAAGAUAAUGCUCUGGUCAUGUGCAAUGGGAAAGUCUAUUUAUUGACCAGGAGAGGCUCUGAUGUUCUAUCAGCCCAAGCUGACGUGCAGGCAUCUUCCUCUUAUGGUGCUUCACUUAAAAAGGGAACGUCCAAGCUAAUUGAUUCAACUGAAGUCACGAAAAUAAGCAAUAAAGUGGUGAAUCUGGUAUUGUCUAAAAGCAAAGGAAUGCCGUUACCUCAGAAAGAUCCUAAAGUGUGUACAAACUCUAAAGUUUCUUCACCUGGAAGUUUAAGAAAUAACUUAAAGUCUGUACCUGCAGCUCUGGUGAUACCAAGUGUUGAGGAGCAGAGUUCCACUGUAAACCAGGGAAAGAGUUUGCCUUUCAUGGAGAGCAUCUCAAGUGGAAUGACCCCAGUUAUGGCAUUAGGGAUGCAGGAAAAUGCGUGCCAAGAUGGCAAGGAAAUGAUUCAUUCCCCCAAAGCAGCAAGUGCUGUUUUACCUCAGUCUGAACAUGAGCGUGCUUUCAGUGAAGACUGGCAAAAGGUCCAGCGUAAAAAGAUGUAUUCACUAGGAAAAGUUAAUCAAAUAAAAGACCAAGAGAAGCCACAUUGGAAACAGUAUUUCCAAUUAAGGACAAAAUUUGGUCUCUAUAAGGAGGAGAGAGUCUACCUUAAGAGAAUACCAUUAACAACCUACCGUGAGAAACCAGAUGAGAGGGUGAGCUCCAGUAACAGCUUGGAAAGGAAAAAUGAUUCUUGCCCUUCCUCCUCAUUAGAUGUGACAAUAACAGACCAACAUCGGAAAUGUAUUAAAGAGGAAAAGGUUAUUUUGGGUCUAGAAGAGGGUUUAUCUAAGAAAAGAAAAACAAAAUCUUCACUGCCAGACAGUGGAAAGAGAAGGAGAACAUCAGUCAAGUCAGCCACAAGUUCAGGUACAGAAGACAGUGGCCCAAGUUCUAUCACACUAAACAGAAGUGUUUCUCCUCCGCCUGCCUUAUUGCAGCAAAGUAUUUCCACAGACUUUAUAUCCUCAGCAGGCGCUGAGCAGGAGCCGUGCUCCCAAAAUAGCGAUGUUACAGACUCAGAUAUUCCAGUGUUAGUGUCCUCUGAAGACCACGCUUCACUUUUUGAAGGCUCAUUCAGAGAUGAUGCUUUCCCUUUGACUCCACCAGACUUGGAUGAAACGAUCCGGGACGAGAAGAUUAAACGACUCAAACAGCUCUUGAGAGAGCGGGAAGCAGCACUUGAAGAAAUGCGUAAAAAAAAUGCAGCAAAUCUGAAAUACUGAAGGUGGUGGUGGUCUGAACCAUAUUCAUCUUCAUCUCAGUGACUUGAAGAAGAAAUUUUGCGUUUGAAUGAAGAUGAAUAUUUCUGGAACACAGAGGACCUUAAGGAAAUUUACUAUGUGUAUUUAUAAAAAAUAAUUUUCCUAUUAAAGACUAGAAAUAAAAGACUUGGACCACCAGAUUGUGCUUCUGGGACAUGUAUGUGUAUCAGAAUACAGAAGAGAGUGUUUUUACUAUUUUUAGCAUAUCCUCUGUAUUUUGCAUUAAAGGGGUUUCUCUAUUAGUCUUAGAAAAUAAACUUCCCCAAUUUGGAAAUUCGUAGCCCAUCUAUUAGAGACGGAGUGCAAAUAGCACCCCCUCCUUGUAAAUAUAUAUUUUUUUGUUUUCUUAAUAUUUUAUAAUGCAUGAAAACUUUUGUGAAUUACUAGGAACUGUCAUUUGUCAUAUAAGGUCCAUGGUCAGUGUUUAAUAAAUGCUAUUUAAGAGGUUUGGGGAUUAGUCUUCAGGCAGUAAUGAUGCUGAUAUCCAGUGGAACCAGUACUAACAGCUGCUGAAGUGUACCAGUAAAGUUAUUUAGGUACGUGUUUCCUGCAGUUAUUGUUGUAAGCCUUUAUAAGGCCUUUGACAGAUGUGCAAUGUUGAAGUUUGGUUGUAGGAUUAUUUGGUGGUUGGGUAGGGUGGAUUGUUUGUUUUAUUUGAAUGAGUUAAACUGAAUCAUUCCUUAUUUAAGCAAAAAAGAUACAUUUCUUUGUCUGUGAGUGGUAUCUUUAAUAAUUCCUGAUGAAUGUCUCAUCCGUUAACUCGAUCAGUCUUUAUUUGAAUGUCUCCUUCGUUUGAUGCUGCCUACGUUUUGCACUGUAGGAGAGAGAGAGCACUGAAGCUGUCUUUGCCAUCGUGAUUUUUAUAGCUCUUCAGUGUGUUUCCCCAGCAUGUUUUGUCAUGUGGUGUUUGGAGGCCUUCUGCUCCUCUCUGUUGUCCAUGUCACAGGAUGAGCUAGGUUGGAAGAGACUUUGAAGAUCAACACGUCCAACCAUCAGCCUGAACAGGUCCCAUCGCUAACCCAUGUCCCUUUGUGCCACAUUAAAUGUUGUCACAUCACUGAA